AUGGCAGCCGCGCUCAUCGUGAUUUUGAACUCGGCAUCGCUGUGGGAUGCCGUGGACUGGGAACAGUUGUUAUCGUUCCUACGGUCUGUCGAGGAGCUCACCCUGUGCUGCGAGGUGCUUCGCAUCCGCGAAUGCGCGCCGGACAAUCCCUACUUCGCCGUUCAGCAGCUCCCGCCAAGCUAUACCAAGCUUGCAGACCUCGCUCGUAGCAUUGUCGCCAACGGUGGGGAGACGCUGUCGGUGCACGCGGAGGCAGCCGACUAGGUAGGCACGGUGAAAGGGUCGCCGGCUGAGCCCCUUGGACGG